AUGUGCCAGGGUGGUGACUUCACACGCCAUAAUGGCACUGGCAGCAGAUCCAUCUAUGGAGAAAAAUUUGAGGAUGAGAACUUCAUCCUGAAGCAUACAGAUCCUGGCAUCUUGUCCAUGGCAAAUGCUGGACCAAACACAAAUGGUUCCCAGUUUUUUAUCUGCACCACCAAGACUGAGUGGCUGGAUGGCAAACACGUGGUCUUUGGGAAGGUGGAAGAAGGCAUGAACAUUGUGGAAGCCAUGGAGCGUUUUGGGUCCAGGAAUGGCAAGACCAGCAAGAAGAUCACCAUUUCCGACUGUGGACAACUCUAAUUCUUUUGACUUGCGGGCUUCUUACCCACCAGACCAUUCCUUCUGUAGCUCAGGAGAGCACCCCAGCCCCAUCUGCUCGCAGUACCCUGUAAUCUCUGCUCUCACUGAAGUUCUUUGGGUUCCAUAUUUUCCUCAUUCCCCUUCAAGUCUAGCUGGAUUGCAGAGUUAAGUUUAUGAUUAUGAAUAAAAACUAAGU